AGAGCGGGGAGAGCCACUGCGCAGCUGCGGAGCGUCUGUCACGUAGGACACGUUGCGGUCGGGAAAUGAGGAAACUCCAGGAAGCAAAAGCGUGACGUCCUCUUCCCGCACGCGCGCGCGCGCGGCGGACGCUUCAUUCAAACAAACAGCAGCAGAUCCGGCAGCAGCUGACAAACCCCGAGGUCCUUAUGCAGGCGGUGGUCUUCAUCCUCCUCUUCCUCCUGCAGGUGUCGGACCCUGUGCGGGCCAGGUGUUUCUGCCAGGUCACAGGUCACCUGGACGACUGCGCAUGUGAUGUGGAGACAAUCGACGACUUCAACAACAACCAGCUCUUCCCCAAACUACAAACUCUCUUGGAGUCGGACUACUUCAGGUUCUACAAGGUCAACCUUCAUAAACCGUGUCCCUUCUGGACGUCCAGCAGUCACUGCGGUCUGAGGGACUGUGCGGUGAAGCCCUGCUUGCCUAGUGAGGUACCUGAGGGGAUCCGAUCCUCCUCUCACAACAAGUAUUCAAAAGAGUCCAACCAGCAGCUGGAUGGAUGCGAGCAGGCCGAGCACCUGGGCGCCGUGGACGUCUCUUUAAGUGAAAAGACCCGAGAGGCUUUGCAGGACUGGAGCAGACACGACGACGAGGCGGAGCGGUUCUGUGUGGUUGAUGAUGAGGAGUCACCAGACUCUCAGCAUGUGGACCUGCUGCUGAACCCGGAGCGCUUCACGGGCUACAAAGGACCUGAGGCCUGGCAGAUCUGGAACAGCAUCUAUGAGGAGAACUGCUUCAAGCCGUUGACCGUCAAGCGCCCGCUGCUGUCCGACUCCUUUCUGAGCAGCUCAGGACAUGAAGCCAGGACCUUCUACAGCUGGCUGAAAGGUCAGUGUGUGGAGAAGAGGGCCUUCUACCGACUCAUCUCUGGCCUCCACGCCAGCAUCAACAUACACCUGAGUGCUAGAUACCUUCUGGAUGACAGUUGGUAUCAGAAGAAGUGGGGUCACAAUGCGUCAGAGUUCAGGCGGCGCUUUGACUCCGAGCUCACAGCCGGUGAAGGACCCAGAAGACUCCUCAACCUCUACUUCCUGUACCUGAUAGAGCUGCGAGCGCUCGCCAAGGCCCUGCCCUUCUUCCAGCAGCCCUCCUUCCAGCUGUACACGGGCCGAGCAGAGGAGGACCACAAACACAAGGAGCUCCUGCUGCAGAUCCUGCAGGCCGCCAGAUCUUUCCCUUUGCACUUCGAUGAGACGUCUCUAUUUGCCGGGGAUGAGAAGGAAGCGGCUAAACUGAAGGAGGACAUCAGGCUGGCCUUUCUCAACAUCUCCAGGAUCAUGGACUGUGUUGGAUGCUUUAAGUGUCGCCUGUGGGGAAAACUGCAGACUCAGGGAUUAGGCACAGCCCUGAAAAUUCUGUUUUCAGGACGACAGAUCGAAGCUCUGCCCAAAUCCAGCCGGCAGACACCCAGAUUCCAGCUCAGCCGGCAGGAGGUGGUCUCGCUCCUCAACGCAUUCGGAAGGAUUUCUACGAGUGUCAGAGAGCUGCAGAACUUCAGGUCUUUGCUGUCAGAGAACACAUGAUGGGCGGGCUCCACCUUCAAACAUGGACUCUGGAGACCCAUGUUGAACCUCUGCAAGAGUCUCUGUUUGUGAUCAGCUCACUUCUUAUGUUUUGUUUGAAAAAUUGGAGUCCUCUGUGUUUUUCUUAUUCCUGUAAAUGAUCAGAUCAUUUUUCUGGGAGUGUCAAGUUCACCAACUAACCAAUAUUAUCUGCUCCAGUUUAUAGAGAUUAAAUCUGUGUAAUGUAAAUUUCAUGAUUUGAAGGUUUCUGCCCUGUUCAUGUAAUCAAAGCUGCUAUCCAGAUGAUGGCGCUGCUCGCAAAGAAACUCCAAAUCAUGUUGAUCAUGUGACAAGUUUCUUUGUUAAAAAAAGAAAAAAAAUCAACUAUUUGACCAAUAAUUAAAGUGAAUGUUUUUAGUUUGAAGUUUUGACUUUAUUAGUAUUUUUCUGCAUCUUCUGUUCAAAUACAAGUUCAGCCUGAUGAAAACAUCUGAGUGGUAAACAUGCAGAGAAGAACGGUAGAGUUUAAAUAGAAACUUCAUUAAUGCUCAGCUGUAACCUGUAGGAGGGAUUCUGAACAAGAACUCAAGUGAAGUGAAGGCAGUUUGUUUUACAUUACCUUCAGGUAUUUUCCACCUCUGGGGGAUCAAUAAAGUUUUAUUCUAUUCCAAUGAAUAAAAGAAAUCAAACUUCAA